UUCCCAGUUCCCUUACUGUGCGCCACCUGGGGGCCUGGCAGGGUGUUGGGCGCAGCGGCCACUAAGUGCAGGGCGCUGUGGCUUCUCUAGAGGUUAGGAUUUCUCUAAGAGAGGAAGAGGCUGACUAGCACCCAGUGGCUUGGCGGGAGGGGCUUUCGAGCUCAGGCGACAAGGGAAGCCACCCGCGUGGGGACCUGGGCACGCCGGGGUGGCCCACAGGCAUGCCUGGAAUGCGAUGGCUCAGCACCCGCCCCCUCGGGAGUUCCCGAGGCCCGGGUUUUCUCCGAAGAGAGGGACUGCAGACUCCUGCUCCGACCAAAGCUGUACUAGUGAGGUCAUGCACACCUGCAGGGAACGCGGGGCCGUCGCGGCCACAUCCGUAGUGAAGCCUGUGAAUCACCCCACCCCCGCUCGCGUCGGCCCGUCCAGCCCGUCCGCCCCGUCUCUCCCGUCGGUGGCGAGUCCCGGCUCCCAUCCCCAGCAGCCAGCCCACGGGGGCGGAGGGCGGGGCGCUACGGGGCGGGGCUGCCGCUUAAAGGGCCACUGACUUGCUGCCCUUAGACCACUUCCUGGGGGUGGAGAGGACCUCGGCGGCGGCUGCGACAGUCCAGGAAGGCGGUAACGCCCGAGUCCCGAGACCCCGGCUGUUGCCAACAGAGUCCUGGGACACUCUCGGCUCUGACUGCGAGAGCAUCUUCUCUCUCCAGCCAUACAGAACGGCUCGCCACCGGUUCGCAUCAGUUGCGCCCUCCGUCUGUUGGGACCCGCGCCCCUAAGCCUGGCCAGGCCUCUGGGCAGGCCGUCGGAACCCGGCGUGGACUCUCCUAACUGCAAAAGCUACCUACUUAGAAACCCAGAAGCUGAGCCCUCCAGAGUCCGGCUGGUGCUCGCCACCGUCACCUGCUGGUUGAAUUCCGGAAACCCACUGUCUGAAGAACACAGAAGGGAAUCGCUGACCUCGCAGAAUCAGAAUCGUCUGGACCAAAAGCUCCCUGGCCCUGUUUCGCUGCCUUCUCCUCUUUUCGUCGGUUCUUUCAUCCUUUUGGGGAUUUCUGUGUCCUGAAGCCCCCAAUCGCCACCAAGGUAGCUGGGGUGAGCUACAAACUUUGCUGUCUUGUUCUGCAACCUCUGCCUCCAACAUAGCGAGUCUGAACAUUACCAUCCGAUUCUUCCCAAAUCCAGGAGAUUCUGCCUUUUCCUUCUCCUUGCUUGUCUCCUACAGUCCCCAAAAUUUCCCCCCCUCCUGUGUCCUCUUCACCCCCUUCUUUUGGGGGCCCCGUGACCCUAAAUGUGGGGGGUACACUAUACUCCACUACAUUGGAGACCCUGACUCGCUUCCCAGACUCCAUGCUGGGGGCCAUGUUUAGGGCUGACACCCUUAUGCCAGCCAAUCUCAACCGGCAAGGAGAUGGCCAUUACUUCAUCGACAGAGACGGCAAGGCUUUCCGGCAUAUCCUCAAUUUCCUGCGCCUGGGCCGUCUGGACCUGCCCCGUGGGUAUGGAGAAACCGCACUUCUUAAGGCAGAGGCUGACUUCUACCAGAUCCGGCCCCUUCUGGAUGCCCUGCGGGAAUUGGAAGCUUCUCGGGGUACCCCUGCCCCCAGAGCUGCCCUGCUCCAUGCCGAUGUAGAUGUCAACCCCCGCCUGGUACACUUCUCUGCUCGAAGGGGCCCGCACCACUAUGAGCUGAGCUCUGUCCAGGUGGACACCUUCCGAGCCAACCUCUUCUGUACUGACCCUGAGUGUCUGGGUGCCAUGCGCAACCGAUUUGGUGUGGUCAGUGGGGACAGGGCCGAGAGCGGUCCACAUUUUCGUCUAGAGUGGGCCUCCCGCCCCCGGGAACUCCCUGACGUGGAGUAUGAAAGACUGGGACUGCAGCCGCUGUGGACUGGGGGGCCAGAAGAUCGGCGGGAGGUGGUGAACACGCCUGCCUUCCUGGAGGAGGUAUUGCGGGUGGCUCUGGAACAUGGCUUCCGCCUGGACUCAGUCUUCCCAGACCCUGAAGACCUACUGAACUCCAGAUCUUUACGCUUUGUCCGCCACUGAGCAUGCUAGCUUUCACUUGACUGUGGAGGAAUGCGUCAGCCAAGGGGCUGAUGGCUCUUCCGCAGCCUCUUUCUAGUUCUGGUGUGGGAGCUAUGAGAGUCAGGGAUCCCACCAAACCUGACUGGAGCCUAGAUAUAGGCUGAGAUUCCCAAAUCGAGCUGCCCCGACUCAACUCCCAGAACUCGAGUGGUCCAGAAGAUCGACACCGGGGCUUAUCCUGGGAAAGCAUCCGUGGUUUCUCGAGCCUGUUCUUGCUUGAGGAUGGGCCCUCUGUAUUCAGGGGUGUGGAAAAGUAAGGAAGCACCUCUUUGCCCAGGCUAGACUUAGCAGAACUCUGGAGGUUUGAGGUGGAAGGACAUAUUUUGAAUUGUCAAAUGUGGUCUGUCCCCUAGACUGUGGCUUCCCCUCCUGAGGUGGGCACCUUAUCCUACCAUGACCAUUAAGAGGCCAAGACAUCUGGGAGAUUCUUUACUAUGUCCCGAGCCACCUAUUGUGGGAGAUUGAAAAUAGACAUCUUAUCCUAGGUUGACAAAAGGGAGCUAGGAGAACUCCCAUAAGCGUGGGGCUAGAGCACCCUUCUGGAAUUCCGAGUGUUUUAGAGGACUCUCUGUAAGUGGGGCUGGACAUGGGGAAAGAUGGUAGUAUUUUUUGUGCCCUGCACGUCUUUCAUGUGUGUGUGGGCCAGCCACUGUAUCUGACUGAUGCUUGGACCCCUGGGGCCAGCCACUGUAUCUGACUGAUGCUUGGGCCCCUGGGGCCAGCCACUGUAUCUGACUGAUGCUUGGGCCCCUGGCAUCUCAAUUCCCAUCAGUGUUUACGUGAUGGUCCUUCUGUGAUCCUGGCAUGUCCAGGCCUGUUUGGGGUUGCCUAGCAACUCUUCAGGCUCAGGUAUAUCUAUGGUAUGUGUGAGAGCAGAUUGAGAUUUAGUUUAAUCAUAGGGUGUGUGUGUGUUUGCGUGUGUGUUUAUGCCCACACCACCACGUAGGCAGGAGGGACUUGUUUGAGUUUGAGUCACUGGGCUCUUCCGAUGAGAGGUAAAAGCCACUGGGCUUAGCUAGGCCUCUGAGACCUCCGGGAGCUCUUGGUUGCUGAGACAACCGUGAGCCUGUUGCUAGGAAAUAGCUGGCUAAGGCCUAAGGCUGUCCUGGGCAGAGAGGAGACAGAGAGUUGACAGAGUGGAGAGGGUGUGGGAAGGGAUAGCAUUUCUGGGUUCCUGAGUGGAUGCACACAUGCACAUCUUCACUGGGAGGAGUCAAUUCAUCUAUCACUGUGACUUAGAAGAAGAAAAAUAAAAUUGCUUUC